GGCGCGGGCCUGCCAGGAAGCAUAAUCACAGCAGACGAAGCUGUAGCAUCAGAGCAACUCCAGUGAAACCUAAUCGCAAACUAACUCGUCUAAUCGCAAUGGCCCGCGCAGCAGUCAUCCUCGUGCUCAUCGUAGCUAUCGCUUAUGCCAGUGCGUAUCCUCAACAGCUUGAGGAAUCUCAGCAAUGUGGUCCCAACGAAGAGUUCAAAACUUGUGGAACCCCUUGCGAGCCGAAGUGUGGCCAAGAAACUCAAAAGAUCUGCACUCUGAGAUGCAUGAUUGGCUGUCAAUGUAAGGAAGGCUACGUGAGGAACAGUGAAAAUAAGUGCGUCCUGACUCGCGACUGUUAAAUUCUAAGACGGCCAGUGGGAGGCGAACGAGUUCUUGAUGUUGAUGAACAAAUUUAGGAAUAGGAGCACGCGUUAGUUAUGCACGGUAGAACGCUUCCCGCAAACCGGUGUGACUUGGAUUAUUACUUUAGUGGUACCCACUAGCUCGUUAUUUUGUUACGUUGCUUAUUUUUGUUAAGCCCUCUUUUGAUGGUACUUUACAAAUAAAUUUUAGAUAAAAACAUU